UUCCGUUAUUUUUCUGCGAAUGAGCGACACUCCAGCAUCGUUGGCUUCGUUGGCUGCCGCCGACCCGCGCCGUCCCAACGCCGUGUCUCCGUUCAAGCCCCCAGCAGCGGCCUCCGCCAACGACGACUACUACUCGUUCUUCUCGCUGAUUCUGGGCAUGCUCGGCCUGUUCAUGAAGCAAAAGUGGGCCGCUUGGGCUGCAGUCUAUUGCUGUCUGUUCAGCUUUGCCAACAUGCGCAGCGACGGCGACGUCAAGCAACUGCUGACAGGCGUGACGUUUGCCGUCAUGUCCGUCGUCUUGCUGUAUCUCCAACCAGUAGCAGACGCCAACUAGUAUAUUGAACAUGCUUGUGAUAGUGUGCGAGUUGUUUUAGCUUGCAUUUUUUUUGUUAGCCACAGAAAAAGAAAAAAAAGUUUUUGAUUGUACAAAAAAAAAAAAACCAACAUCAGUUUGUGCCUCCAGACACGCGC